AUGACUGCCACUUCUGCCACCGCGUCCACCAAAAAGGACGGCAAUGUCCAUCUCGGCGAGUACCUCUUCUCGCGAAUCAAGCAGCUCGGAAUCGACAACAUUCUCGGAGUGCCCGGAGACUUCAACCUUCACCUGCUGGACUACAUCUACCGAGUCCCCGACCUCAACUGGGUUGGCUGCUGCAACGAGCUCAACGCUGCUUAUGCUGCCGACGGUUAUGGACGAGUCAAGCAUUUGCCUGGUGUUCUCGUCACCACAUACGGAGUCGGAGAACUGUCUGCACUCAACGGUGUGUCUGGAGCCUUUGCCGAACAGGCUCCUCUUCUUCACAUUGUCGGUACCACCGGCCGGCCGAUCCAGGAGGAGAGCUGGCUUGUGCACCACGUGCUGCCCAAGGAGAACUCUCUCCAGGAGCCCGACCAUCUUGUCUACCAGGGCAUGAGCGAGAAGGUGCGAUGCUGCUCGGCAUUCCUGAACGACAAGGAGACCGCCGCUGCGGAAAUUGACCGUGUUCUCACCACCAUCUGCCAGAAGUCUCUGCCUGGAUACCUCUUUAUCCCCGUGGAUAUGACAUGGCAGCCUCUGGAUGCCGCUCGUCUGGACUCCAAGCUCGAUUACUCGGUGAAAAACGAGGACCCCAAGCUCGAAAAUGAGAUUGUUGACUCCAUUCUGAGCGAGAUUUACGCCUCCAAGAACGCCACUGUCUUUGCCGACGUUCUGACCGCCCGACAUCGUGCCACAGACUUGGUUCGAGAGCUUGCCAAGAAGACAAACUUCCCCAACUACACUUCCCCACUGGGCAAGGGCAUUUUGAACGAGAAUGAGGACCGUUUUGUGGGCGUUUAUAACGGCCAGCUGUCUCUAGAGGGCGUGGCCAAGUCCAUCGAGGCGUCUGACUGUGUUCUGUUCACCGGACCUCUUCUUUCCGAUUCCAAUACCGGUGGCUUUUCUCACAAUCUCAAGGACGAGAACACAAUCUACCUGUCUCCUGACUACGUCAAGGUCAAGGGCAAACUGUACGAGGGAGUUCACUUCUUCCCCGUGCUCAAGAAGGUUGUGGAGCAGCUGGACGUUGAGAAGAUCUCUGCUGAGUCCAAAACGGCGGCCAUGCCCACGAUUUCUCCUCCCCCCGUGAUCGAUUCCCCUCUUCCCAUUUCCCAGACCUUCCUGGUCGAUUCCAUGUCGAAAAUGAUGCGACCCGAUGAUCUGCUCAUUGUGGAGACCGGCACCUUCCAGUUUGCCUGUUCGGAUGUCAAGUUCAACACCAACAACUCACUUCUCACCCAGAUCUUCUACUCGUGCAUUGGUUUCACGCUCCCUGCCACUCUGGGAGCUGCUCUAGCCAAACGAGAAGACGCAGCUGCCAAGAACGACAAGGGACGAGUCAUUCUGGUGGAGGGCGACGGUUCUGCUCAGAUGACCAUCCAGGAGCUCGGUACCAUGGUGCGUCAGGGCCUGAACCCCAUCAUUUUCCUGCUCAACAACGAUGGAUACUCUAUUGAGCGGGCCAUUCACGGCCCCGAGCAAUCCUACAACGACAUUUGUCCAAAGUGGAAGUGGACUAAGUUGCUGGAGGCCUUUGGCGGUACCGAGGGCGUCGAUAGCUUCUCGACCACCGUCAAGACCCGAGAGGAGUUGGAGGCUCUGAUCGGAGAUGAAAAGUUCAUGAACUCGGACAAGGCUCAGCUGGUGGAGGUGAUUAUGGAUGUCAAUGACUACCCCUGGAGACUGAACGAGCAGAUCAAGCUCAUGGGUGGAAAAAACAUGAAGGUGUUUGCCGAGUACCAGAAGAAGAAUCCUUAG